AUGGAUUUUUCAAAUACUGAUCGCGCAGUUCAACCAAAUGAUCCAAAAGUUACACGACAAAGGCGUUUGAAGCGCAAAAACCUUGCAGAAUCUCCAGUACGACAGCCGAGUCCUUCUGAGAAGAGGUUAAAGCAAAAAGAGGAUUCCCCGCCUUUAUAUAACAUAAAGGGCAUAUUGAGUGAGCGAAAAAUUGGUAAAACUACCGAAUUCCUGAUCGAUUGGGAAGACAACCCGGAAACAGGGGAACCUUAUGAACCAACUUGGGAACCUUAUUCGAAUGUCACAGAAGUUGCAAUUUAUGAAUGGGAAAGCAAACAAGCCAUUAACAAAUACAAGUCCCAAUUACAACACACUUCCUCCCAAGAUAGCGAACCUAUACCACCGAGGACGCGAAGUAAAUCGAAUAUACCCGGAGCCCCUGGCUUAUUAAGGAGGAGAUCGGUGCGGAAUACCAAUGAAAUCGCUGGAGAAAGGGUCGGAACGAAGAACAAGACCAGGGAGAUCAGGGAUAGUUACGAGAACCAAGGCUCGAGCUCUAGCAAUGAUCUUUCAAUUGUGAUUCCUCUCAAUAAGGAAAUAAACCCCAACGAAUAUACCGUGUUCAGGUCAUCUCAAGUGUCAAACUACUCGAGCACUCAAGCAGAUCUACAAGCGUCUUCUCCUCUGCAAGUCCCAAAUUCCCUGGAUUCUCAAUCAUUAUUGCCACGUAGAAAAUCAGCACCAGCCUUUAUUUGGGACGAGGAUAUUGAAGCAGGCUCCCAAUAUCUAUCUGGCUCAACUUCAUAUAAUCCAUCCAUUCCGAGAAGAGCGAGUGAUUGUGAAGAAGACUCUCCCCUAUCGGUACAUGCCGAGGUUUCGGACCGAGCCCGGAAAGGUAUUGCCCGUAGUCACCUUAGCCCAGAAGCCCUUAUUACACAACAUACCGAUACCGUCGAUACCGUAACCGUCGCGAAUGAAGAGGAGCGAGAAGGAGGUUUUAGUAAUAACAUAAAUCAAAGAGCACCUUUGGAGAAAUCCUCCAUUCCGGACAGUUUUACAAUUGAUCAUUCACUUUCAUCAAUUAAUGUGAAUCUAGUACAGUCCGCCCCACAGGAACCCUUGACACCAAAGCCACAACAACACUUAAGAUCGCAACCCUUAAGAUCUAACCGUACAGACCGUACAGACAGUGAGGAACCAUCUCAAUUACCACCAGUCACAAAUAUUUCUCCGGCAUCAGAAAAUUCAAUAUCUUAUUCCAAGCAAAGUUUUGAUCAUUCAUUAGAAGAGAAAGCAGGUCCAUCUGAAUCUCAGAAACAACUACAGCCACAGCUAUCGCUGGAGAUACCCGAUUCGUAUCUUUUGAGCGAUCCAUUCACUAAAAGCUCUCCAGCUCAAGGUGUGAACACGCAAACUGCUAGUCAAGAUCGUGCUUCCUCUUUGCCUAACGAUAACCCUCAUUCCAGAACAUUGCUGUCUGAUUCUCAGCGUUCCCAAUCACUCCCUUCAUUUACCAAUCUUGACUCGAGCCCAGAAGCAACUUGCCAAGCUGCACAAAUUAUCAGCCAAAUUCCGAGUACCUCAUCUCAAGAUCUUAACCGUGAAAAUUCACAGUCCCAAGGCUCUCUAGACCACGUGCAGGCUGAUAAUUCCGAAGUCUCAGAAUUUACAACCACACACCUAGACCAAUAUCUCGAAGGUCAUCAUCAUCUCUCAAAGUUUGUGUCGGAAAAGCACUGCGUUAUACAUAGCCGCGAAACCCGUACUGAAAUACCUGAAACGCAGCCUUCUGCAUCCGAGCCUUCCACAGAAGCAGCUUUGCCACAAGUAUUAGCGAGUAUCGAGUCCGGCGCGCAUCUUCAAAACGCCGAAUUGCAGUCUCAAGAAUCGCCAUUGUCGCAAGGGCCGGCCGGAUUAGCCUGGUCCAGCGGCAGAAAUUCACCACUACAUUCGUCUUAUCUCGUUGAGAAAAUGUCGGCAGUCGGAUCAAGUGCUUCCCAUCUUGCUGUUGACUUGAUUGUGGAGGAAUCUUCAACUCAGAGCCUAGAUGACAGUGCGCAAGCUAGGAACCCGGAUAAGCGCGCACCUUUAUUGUGGCUUGUCAUCACAAACUCCAUUGAGCAUGUGGAACUAUGUAUACCUGCAACAUUAGAAUCAUCGGAGCGGAAAGAUAGGUUAGUCCAAUAUGUCGCUCAAACUCGAAAAUUCAUUGGACGUUUAGAUACGAGUAUCUAUCCCGAGCCGCAACAGGCCGCCAGAGGAGCUGCAGAGUAUGUCCUUGAUGAUUCAAUUGAAGCAGAAUGGCCCAUAAUGCCAAUGCCAAACAUUGACAUUUCUUUGCCCGGUCAUGGAGCUUUCAACCGCCAACCAGAUUCACUGACACAAUCUUUAUUUUCACCGGUGGAACCAAUAUCACAGUCCGGUUUCAAGCGACCGUCUGAUUUCGAUGCUUUAGAUGAUGAUAAUGCGAUCAAGCGUCAGCGGAUGACACCUUCGAGGCCUGAUUCAAAUACCGUGAACGGUAACAUGGCAGAUCUUAAAGAGAUAAGGUCGUUACGAGCUCGAUGCGAGGACUAUGAAAAGAGCAUUAAACGAAUCCAACCAAAAUAUCAACGCGCUCUUGACGAGAAAGCCAGAUAUGAACACGAGAACGCUCAGGCUGUAAAACGUCAAUCCGAAUACGAAAAGAAACUAGAGAUACAUGAUGGAGCGGCCGCCAAACUUCGUGAAGAGAAUGCGUCAUUAAAAAAUGAGUUAGCUGUUGCGCAGAACUCUCUUUCUACAUCUGCAGUUCCUUCUAUUGCCGAACUUCAAAAGGCCAAAGACGAUCUUCGUGCUGCUCAAGCUGAAAUCGAACGUCUCAAGAAAGGUCAAGUUAGUGUAGAAAAAAGAGCUGAUUAUGCAACAUCUCUUUAUCAAGAAAGCUCCCAACAAGCCCAAGAAAUGCGCAAUCAACUCACGAACCUUCAGUCUGAACGUGAGGGUCUUCAAAAGCAAGCCUCUGCCGCCCGUGUCGAGAUUCAGAAAAUAAAUAACGAUGGAAUCAUUCAGCAACAAGUAGAUACCAUCAAUGAACUUAAGAGAGAACUCGCGGAAAGAGAACGCAUGUUAGAGAGUCUCACUAGACAACUGGAGUCAUAUACCAAUGGACGCAGAACAACACGCGGCACCAGCGUUCCAAGAAGUCCAAGAAUGAGCAACAUGAGUCCAAGACCGAGAGUAUUGGGUAGCAUGGCACCGGGAAGCAACACGGCUAGUAGGGGAAAUAGUCCCGCACCUGGAGUCUUUGGUGGUGAUUUGUUUCAAGGCGGUGAUGCCGGAAGGCGAUUUGGUGCCCAUUUGCAGUAG